AUGGGUCGUCUUCACAGCAAAGGAAAGGGUAUCAGCUCUUCAGCUAUCCCAUACUCGCGAUCUGUCCCCACCUGGUUCAAGAGCACCCCGGAGACCGUUGUCGAGAACAUCUGCAGACUCGCCAGAAAGGGUGCCACUCCCUCGCAGAUUGGUGUUGUCCUCCGAGAUAGCCAUGGUGUCGCUCAAGUCAAGGUCGUCACUGGUCUUGCACCCGAAAUCCCAGAAGAUCUUUACAUGUUGAUCAAGAAGGCCGUCGCCGUCCGCAAGCAUCUCGAGCGAAACCGCAAAGACAAGGACUCCAAGUUCCGUCUCAUUCUCAUCGAAUCCAGAAUCCACCGCCUCAGCAGAUACUACAAGACCGUCGGUGUUCUACAGCCCAACUGGAAGUACGAGAGCGCCACCGCAAGCACCUUGGUUGCAUAA